AUGCGGGCGCUCACGGAGCCCCCCGUCCUGGCUGAAUUUCCCCUCUCUCUCGUCUCCCCUGCGAACCCUGCAGAGCAAUUCGUGGAGAAGUCCUCCUGCGCGCAGCCCUUGACCGACCUGUCGAGCCUGGAGGCGCACGGGGACUUCAGCGCGAGCCCCGCGUCGCUCUGCACCGAGCCCCUCAUCCCCACCACCCCCGGCAUCCCCAGCGAGGAGAUGGCCAAGAUCUCCUGCAGCCUGGAGACCAAGGAGCUCUGGGACAAGUUCCACGAGCUGGGCACCGAGAUGAUCAUCACCAAGUCGGGGAGGAGAAUGUUCCCUACCAUCAGGGUUUCCUUUUCGGGAGUGGAUCCUGAAGCCAAGUACAUUGUGUUAAUGGAUAUAGUUCCUGUGGACAAUAAAAGAUACAGAUAUGCCUACCACAGGUCUUCCUGGCUAGUGGCUGGAAAAGCUGACCCUCCACUCCCUGCAAGGCUGUACGUGCACCCUGACUCACCAUUCACAGGAGAGCAAUUGCUAAAGCAGAUGGUGUCGUUCGAGAAAGUGAAGCUCACAAACAACGAGCUGGAUCAGCAUGGCCAUAUCAUUUUAAACUCCAUGCACAAGUACCAGCCAAGGGUCCACAUUAUUAAGAAGAAGGAUCACACAGCAUCUUUGCUAAAUCUGAAAUCUGAAGAGUUCAGGACAUUUAUCUUUCCAGAAACAGUUUUUACAGCUGUUACUGCUUAUCAGAAUCAAUUGAUAACCAAGUUGAAAAUUGACAGCAACCCUUUUGCUAAAGGAUUCCGGGACUCCUCCAGACUCACUGAUAUCGAGAGAGAAAGUGUGGAGAGCCUUAUCCAGAAGCAUUCCUAUGCCCGAUCCCCUAUUCGAACCUAUGGAGGAGAAGAUGAUCUAGGAGAUGAGAAUCAGGCAACACAAAGCAGAGGAUCAGCUUUUACAACAUCCGAUAACCUAUCCCUCAGUUCCUGGGUAUCCUCCUCAACCAGUUUUCCUGGAUUUCAGCAUCCGCAGUCUUUGAGCGCCCUGGGUACCAGCACUGCGUCCAUAGCUACGCCCAUUCCUCAUCCCAUCCAAGGAUCUCUGCCUCCAUACAGCCGCUUGGGAAUGCCUCUUACCCCUUCAGCUAUUGCCAGCUCCAUGCAAGGUAGUGGCCCCACUUUCCCCUCCUUCCACAUGCCAAGGUACCACCAUUAUUUUCAGCAGGGCCCUUAUGCAGCUAUCCAGGGACUGCGUCACUCCUCCGCGGUGAUGACGCCGUUUGUAUGACUGACCUAAGACAAGAGAAACACGAGAUUUUAAGCUUUCAAGUUCGGCAUGA